AUGAGGCCGAGCCGAAAUGACCCUGCCUUCAAGGCUAUGCUGAUGAAGAUGGCCAAGCGUUCGUCUGGUGGAUCGGCUUGGGGUUCCCAGCCGAACCUAGUUGGGGCUUCUCCCCACAUAUCCGUGGCUCGGAGCCAAGCACCCGUGACAACAGCCGGCCCUGCUCGGGGAGGUCAGAAGAGGCGUGCAGAGGAGCAAUUACAUCGAGAUAUGGGAAAUAUGCGGGAGGAAGAGCCGAGGAUAGACACUGUUAAGCGGCCUAUGGGAUCGGGUACUUCAGAAGGACCGAGACGGACGAGUGUGGACCCCGUAAGCGGUCCAUUUGAGCCACCGAUGGACGGGGGUGUUGGGCUCGGUGGUUAUCAGGAGGCGGUGAGGCGCAUUCUGAAGAUCGACGUGAUCGAGGGGAUGUUCACCGAGGAGAUCGGUUACAGUGGAAUGACUCUGUCUGCUUUGGAGGACCAACUGGAGGCAAGUAUGAAGUUGUUUAUCGCUGCUCAGAAUGUGGCUGCUCAUUACGAAUUUGACCGAGGAAAGCGAGACGAGCAGGCCGUAACAGUUGCCGAGCUGAAGCGAACGAUAAGUGAGAAGGAGAAGGUUGAAGAAGAACUUGAGCAGGUGCGAAGCCUCCUGGUGGAGGAAGAAAAUAGGAAUGCCGAGUUGUCUUCCUCACUGGGAAAGUUCCGAGACGAGAAUCGCUUACUCAGCCAGGAGCUGACUGUGGCGAAGGAAAAUUUAGACGAGGCGAAGCGUAAGAUUAAAGCCUCUACCUCCGAGCUGCGCACAUGCCAUGAUGAUGCCAUUAAGGACUUCAUGGAUUCUGCUGAGUAUCAGGAGAAACUUGCUGCUCAACGGGUCCGGGGAUACUUCGACUUAAUCGUUAAGGUUAGGGAGAAGUAUCCUUCCUUGGACUGGAGUUUUCUCGGAGAUGGAGUUGAUGGGACCGAGGCCGAAGCCGAGCAUUGUGGGGUGACCGAGGUGGCGAUGUUCCCUGGUACGGAGCCAGUGAUUCAGGAAACCGAGCCCGCGAGCCAGGGUUGUCGUGGCAUAGCCCCUCAAGAUCGAAGCCCAAAAAAUCCAAUGUCUGAUAAGGCAAGCUGCUCUGGGGCCACUGGUAUCAGACCCCUGGCUUUGGGGGUAGAAGAUCCAAAGCCUGAUGCUGAUACUACUGGAAAACAGCAAGAGGACACGGAUCUCUCAAAGCUAGACAUGCCACCUCCUCUGUUAGCCUUAUGCCAACUUGUCCAGACCAAGUUGUUGCCCUCUAACGAGGCUCUGACAAUUCACAUGCCCGAGGAAGUGUUUGGCUUUGAGUACCUAUUUGACUAUUUGAAAAUGGCAAACAUGGUAAACCUUAUUGGCCUCGUAGACCCUGGGGUAGUCAGCUCUCAAUCUGGAUCUCUAUCAGACCGAAUAAAAAACCUGUCAACCCGCCUGAACACAGCAGAUGGGGAACAAUUUUUCUUGGUCCCUUAUAAUCCAGGGGGUCAUUGGGUGAUGGUCAUUGUGAGACCAUUGAAGGAGACUGCAUAUUACAUGAAUUCACUGCCAAACCGCGCUGUUGACGACGAGAUGAAAAGUAUAGUGAAUAGGUCAAUUAAAUUGUUUAACAUUCAUAUAAACAAAUCUUCAGCACGUAAAGAAGCCAUUUGGAAAAAUCUACUUGGAACUCCUGUCCAACCAACAAGUGUAGAGUGUGGCUAUUUCGUGAUGAGAUUCAUGAGAGAUAUAAUUUAUGAUCAACACCUAGAUUUCGAGAAGAAGGGUGCCCCUAGUUACUUUGAAACAGUUUGGUAUCUUGUUAACGCCCCACGAGUUCGGGGACACUUGGACCGUGUGGUGCGAGGAACGCGGCUCAGGCUGACUUAUGGUCCCCUGAGACCUGCGAGGAGCGCAGCUCGGGUUGACUGGGUGUCUCCGAGGUCUGUGAGGAACGCGGCUCAGGCUGACUUAUGGUCCCCUGAGACCUGCGAGGAGCGCAGCUCGGGUUGA